GGUAUUUUCAAGUAUGUCGCCCACUUGAAUUGUGGUGAAAGUUUUAAUAUGCAUCAAGAUAAUUUUUAUUGAAACAGUAUUAAGUGUUUUUCAUUUAUAAUUGAUUUUUCUAAUAAAAUAACGUUUUGAAGUGUCAUAUUAACUUAUUAUUUUAUUUUGUUUUCAGCUUGAAUAUGUCUGAAAUUACGGAUGGUAAGCAGGUCAGCUAUGCUGAUUUGAAGGAUCUGAAAGAAAGAAUGAAACUGAUUUCGGAAGCAGAUCCUAAUCAGUACCACAAUGAGUUAUCUUUAAAGAGAUACCUUAAAGCUUUUAAUACAGUCGAUGCCGCCUUUCAGGCCAUAUUAAAGACAAACAAGUGGCGAAAUGAGUAUCAGGUUGCAACAUUAAACGAAGAUAAUAUAAUUGUUAAAAAACAUUUAGAAAACAACAAGGCAAGAGUAUUACGUCAUCGAGACAUGAUAGGACGGCCUGUAAUCUACAUUCCAGCGAGGAACCAUAAUGUCAACGAUAGAAGCAUAGAUGAGUUGACUAAGUUUAUUGUUUAUUGUCUCGAGGAAGCUUGUAAGAAGUGCUUCGAGGAAGUGGUGGACAACCUGUGCAUAGUUUUCGACCUCAAAGACUUUGGUCUGAACUGCAUGGACUACCAGAUGAUCAAGAACCUGAUAUGGCUGCUGAGCCGCCACUACCCGGAGCGGCUGGGCGUGUGUCUGGUCCUCAACGCCCCCGGCCUGUUCUCCGGCUGCUGGGCCGUCAUCAAAGGCUGGCUGGACGAGAAUACGUCCAGCAAGGUGGUGUUUGUGAGCACGGAAGAAGAGCUGUGCAAGUACCUCAUCCCGGACAUCCUGCCCCAGGACAUGUAGGGCGUUCACGCAUCAGACCUCCUGCAGGUGUAUUGAUAUUAUUUUAACUUUAUUUUAUAGUGUUGCAGCUAUAUCAUUUACGGACAAAGAUUGUGGCAGCUUGGGCACAUUUUGAAAACUUAACCAGCUGCCCUUCAAAAACCGUAAUCUUGUGUUUGUGUCUGUGGCUCCCGUAAAUAUAGUAGCUUAACGUUAUUUCACUUGCAUAAUUUAUUCAUUUUAUACGUGUGUGUUUUUAGACGCAUCUUAAUUAUAGAUAUGUUACUUUUGUAAACACACUAACUACCUACGUUGUUUGCAGUGUGCUUUCCUCAAGCCAUGUAACCAUGAUUCUUGCCCCUUUUUACUAGUGCCAUUUUUUUCUUUGUAUUUAAUUUUCCAGCUGUUGGACACAGCGUUAUGCAUAGUUAUAUUAACAUCUCUUUUUUUUUUUUUUUAACUGACUUAUGAAGCUGCAUUAUUCAUUCGUCUUUUGAAGCUUGGAGAGUCUUCCUGAAUCAUGUGCAUGAGUUUUGUGGUGAGUUGAGAACUAAUCAAAAUAUGUGUGAGACAUCAACCAUAAUGUUGUUAUAGGGCAAUUGUCAUUGAGAAAACAUUUUUAAAAUGGCAGUACAAUUUUCUCUUGUGCUUCAUAGUGAAUGGAUACCAAAUUUGGUUGAAUGCAAGGGAAUACUUUUACAAAAAAAAAAAAAAUUCAUUUUGACUGUGAUGGUUAUUUAAUAAUAAACAUGCUGUGCAAUUUGUAAUUUGGUGAAUAAUUUUAUCAAAAAUCUUGGUCAGAAUUUUAAUAUAUGAAGAGACAUUCUUUGAUGUAACUUUUGUUUUCAGUUUUGAGAAUUUUACCAUGCUUAUAUAUUUUUUCAUUGCAGUGAUAUGUCAUGUGUCUAACAAUAUCAAAACUUGCAAAAUCAAAUUAAUUCAUGCUUCUUCCAAAAGGUUAAUUUUUCAUAAAAGUAAUUCAACAGUUUAAAUUGUCAGUGCAGUUAAAAUUAUUUGUUUGGGUUUUCUUAGUAGUUUAUAUUUUUCCAUAUUUUAAGUACAUAUGUAGUUCUUUUGAUGUACGUAUUAGUAUUAGAAGAAACUAUAAAAAAAAAAUUUUGAGAGCUCUAUUAUAACCUUAAAGGGUGCACAAAAAUGUUACAGGAUCAUUUAAGUUGGAUGAAUCUUGGCACCUUAAGUCUAUAUGCCAAGGUGAAAGGUUUUGUACAGGUUCUGCUAAAAGCUUUCAACAGAAUUCAUUCAAACUUUCCAUUAUAAAAAUUAAAAAAAAAAAAAAAUCAACAUUUUGUGCACCCUAUUCACUUGUCUAUAGAAAUAAUUUAUUUUCAAGAUAACUGUUAUCAACAGUAAAAAUGAGUUGAUGGCAUGAAUGAACUUAUGAGCAGGUUUUCUUGUCACCAAGUGGUUCGCAAUCCAUUGAAACGAAGUUUCCAUUUUAUAGUCUGUCCAUGUAUUACAGUGCAACUUUACUUCACCUUUGAUUUUAAUAGUAUGUACUAAGUUGGUUUAACACAUUUUAAACUAAGUUAUAAAUAUACAUACAAUAUGUUACAUAUUUACUCUAAUUUAACAUACGUAUAGUAUUUAAAAUUUCUUGUAUUGUUAUUAGAGUGAAAGUUAAAUGGAAAAUGUAUUUUUAGAAUUAAGCUUUUGUUCCUCCUGUAAACUAUUUUGCUGUUAAACACCCCACCCAAAGUGGUCAGACUCGUCUAUGUCAUAUAUUUUUCUGAAAGUAUUUUAAAUCCUUGAAUGUAAUUUCAUAUUGUCAUGCAUUUACCUUGCAUUUUAAAAAUUUAAGCUAGUCAUUAAAUAUAUAUGCCCAGUUGUAAGUAAAAAUAGUGUAAAGUAACAUUACUUUUUCUUGUAGAAUAUUAUUUAUGUAGUUAAAAAGAAGCUGUCGUUGCAUAUCAUAUGUCAUUAAAUGUAUAACCGUAGUGGUUGUUUGUGGUAUUAUUACACUGUUUGACAGUGUUUAUUGAUUUAACACUAUACUUUUUUUUUCCCCUAUGUUUCAAGACUUUGUGUCCUCUAAGAUAGAGAACAAUUGAUUUUAAUUCUGACAGUUAAAUGUUGCUACAUGAAUAUCUGUGAUAUAUUAAAUGUGGAAACAAAUCCUUUUUGCUAAAAUUAUUGAUUCUACUAUACUGAAUUUCUAAUGAAUGAUACAAAACUUUAGUUAGCCAUUUCAGUUUAUAUGAUAUAAUAUUUAAAUAAAUUCAUGGUUAAGGUGCUUGCGACAUGCCUACUGUUUGCUAUUGUAGUAUAUCACGUAUAUACAUAUAUGUGUAUAUAUAUAAAGUGUACAUUAUGUUUUAAUCAUGUUGGGGAUCUAAGUAGCAUAGUCUUUAAUUUAAAAGAAUAAAAAUGUACACACAACCCAUGGGGUAAAUUUUUUUUCUGUAUGUGUGUUACUCAAAGUAAUGGUUAUAUAUAGUAUAUAUAUUAUUUACUGUGUGUAUAUAAAAAGAAGAAUUGUGUUGGCAGUGGAAAACCCUAGCUGUGUAAUUUAUAGUCCCCAUGGUUACCUGACAUUCACUUUUCGUGUUGAAUACAUUCUGUGAAACUGCUAAACCUACAUUGUGUAAUUCCUAGGAUGUGAGACAUGGAUGCAGUGUGGACUGACUGAGUUGUAAAAUUUCUUGUGAUAAAAUGUGUUAUCAGUAAUUACAGUAUUGCACCUGAUGUUAGUAAUUGACAAUUAUUGUUCAUUAUCACUGAAAAAUAUUACCUAAGUCCUACACAAUAACCUUAGUUUUUUAAUUGAAAAAUGUCACAUAUUUGUGUUCCAAAUUUUAAUCUCUCAUAAGUAAUUCUAGCAAUAAAACAUUUUAAAAUUGUAAUUUUUUUAAAAUUUUAUUUUAAUUUUUUUUUUAAAUAGAGACCUGUAAAUAUAUUUGAAGCAUGUUGAACUUAAAGUAAGUCUGUACAUAGUUCUUAUUGACUUGUGCAGCAAGGGCAUAUCCAGUUCUAAAGAGAAGGGAAAAUGGGGGAGGGGGAUAUUUUUUGGUAUUCAACAUAUUUCAUGGGGGUACAGAAGAAAGAACAUAAUUUAUUUUAAAAAAUUUUGAACAAAAUUUUGUGUGGAUUAGUUAAAAAAUUUUCUAUAACUCCUAUUUCUUUGCUUUAAUUUUCUUUUUCUAUUUUAAAAAUAUACAAAAUACUACUCUGUUUUAACUUUUUGUUUAAAUAAUUGUGUGUUAAGGAAACUUCUUAAAUUAAAAAAUUUUUUUGUAACAAACAUGUAUGUAUUUUUCUAAUAUAAAUUAAACUUAGCAUUUGAGUAAUAGUGUUUCUUAUAUUUAGUCAUGUGUAAAAAAUCUAUAACCUAUGUAGUACUUAAAAUUUCAUUUCCAAGGCUGUUUUGUACCUGGUUUAUGUCUUCAAUAGGAAAUUAACAUAACAAUGCAUCUUUGUGUACACUCUUCUUUUCCUUCAGUUUAUAAAAAUCUAAAAUAGUUAAUGUUGUAGAAAUUGUGAUGCAUAUGAAAGGUUUGUUUUGUAUAUGCUAGGUAUGUAAGUGGGCAAGCUUAUACAGUCAAACCUCUCUGAAACGACCCCUCACGGUUCCCAGGAAUAGGGUCGUAAGAGGAGGGGUCGUAAUAGAUGUUUUCCAAAACUCGCUAAGAAGCCAGCCGUACAAUGGCAGGAUGCUGUCACUCACAAUGCUAGACGGCUUUGCUUUAAACCCACUUCAACCUUCAUGACAAGUCCGUCGCCCUACAGGCCACCUCUAAAGAAAAUAUGUCAAUAGACAGUUUAUUUUUACUGGUUAGUUUACAUGUACGUUUUCUGCUUGCCGUAGCCCGAUGUCACGAACCCCGGAUUUAACGAAGCAGUGAUUUUACGAAUACAUUCUCGGGAACCGUCAAAAAAUUGGACAUUUUGACCAAAAUGUGAAAAUCAGAAGAAAAAAAUUAAAAAAAAAAAAAAACGAAUUGAAAGAUCAUUAAAAUCUGUUAAUUUUAGCACACAGCAUAUUUUUGUGUCGGCUUUAAUACUUACAAUAAUGUUCAUGUAAGAAUAACAAAAAAAUAAUGGGACAUUUCCUUUAAAAAUACGGCAGCAGUAGCUUGUGCAACGUAAGUGGGAGCGCGGGAAUAACGUCUAGACAGGCUGGCGGCAGCACAGGCAGCAGAUGCAUGAUGUCAUAUGGCUUACCUCUCCUUCCCUUGCCCAGACUUAAAGGUUCAUCCCUCCCAGGCAUACAAACCAUCGUGUCUAUCUCCCCCUCCUCCCUCGUCGUCCUUUGGCAUGUGAAACUGUCAACAUCCAUCCUCCCCUUCCCAAAAACUGCGUGCGACGAAAGCAAGGUUUGUAUAGUCCAUUUCUGGUAAAAUGAAAAAAUGUUAAGGGCCCCCGCGACAGCCAUUUACCGUUAAUUGUUUUGAUACAAUUUGUUUGUUAGUUACACAACAUUAUUUCUGCUGGAAAAUCACUGAAACUUCAAAAUUUCUUUAAUGGAAAAAUUUAGCAGGGCCGUAAAAGUAUUUAUUUUUGCCGCAAAUGAACUAUACUCGCCCUUCCUGCCUAACAACAUUCUCGGCGCGUGACGCAUGGCAACUACAGUCGUUUGCCGCGCAGUGGCGUAGCCAGGAUUUGUGUAUGGGGGGUGUUAAGAAGCAUGCCCCCCCCCCCCCCCCCCCCGAAUUAAAGCGGGGGUCCGGGGGUCCUCCCCCGGGAAUAUUUAGAUUUUAAGGUGUAAAAUUUUGCUAUUUUAGCAGUUUUCGGUGCUUAAAUUUAAAUAUUGUAAUGGUAAAAUUUGUAUUAAUUUUAAUAUGAAAUUUGUUUGAGUGAUGAAUAAGAAAUUAAUUAAAUAUUUGGAGCUAAGGGGGAGGGGGGGGUGUUUGAACCCCUAACCACCACCCCCUCCCCCCUCCCCCCCCCCCCCCCCCCCCGGCUAAGCCCCUGGUGCCGUGCACAGCCACGAAAAACCUACGCGAUUUCCAAACUACACUAGAUAUCCGACUGGAGUCUGUUUACGAAAAGCAUUUAAGAAUUUGUUAAUGCCCAACUGGUUCUAUUGAGAUAAAAUGGCUAAAAGGCAUGUUUUCGAAGUUUUAGGUGUAAAAAACCCGUUACAAAUUUCUUGAAAGUAUCAUAGGGAAAUGCAUUACACCUUUAUCUUUAUUUUUCCGCCAUAUAAUGUUACGGUCACCGCUCAAAUUUCACAGUUAUCUGACGGGAACGAGAUGACUGCGCGCCAGUUCAGAGCCUUGCACUUAGAGGUUUUACCGCACUAGAACUACCAUUGAGCGUCGCUCUUAUCAUCCCGCUUCACUAACACACACGCUGACCAGACGGCGCACUAAAGCUGAUUAGAGGAAGCAUGUAGAAAUGCAAGGCAGGAAAUUUUUCUAGCUUAUCAACCAGGACCCGGGCAAGUCUUGACUAUCAAGCUUUUCACAUUAAAAUAUAAGAGACUUGUAUUGUGUAAUUUCGGUGUUAUUUAGCGGUUUUUCUUAAAAAUCGCUUUUUUCGCAUUUUCCAUAUAAAUUCGCGGAAAAUUUCGCGAUUUCGCGAUUUACCAUAUAAUCGUGGCCCUAGUUAUUGCUUGCGCGAGAGGCAAGACGUGGAAUGUUAGAAGAAAGAUAAAUGCGGGGUAGACAGACGGCAGCCAGUGUGUUUCCUGCGCGGGGAAUAAGUGGCGUAGCCUUUUUUUUAUGCUGGGUGAAGCGACCUUUUUCUAUCAACCCACGGGAAAAGAUAAUUUCUUGAGCUGUCAAAAUAAACAUCGCUGCAGCAGUUAAAACAAGUCGAGGCGGGCGUGCAUCCAGUCGGUCGCUUUGUAUUGUCAACCGAUAGUAAUCAAAAUCAAGAGAAAUUCAGCAGGUAGCUUUGCCUUAACUGCGUACCACACUACACUCGCAAAAAGCUAAACGUAAACACGUUGCCACAAAAACCUUUAUCUGCACCCUGCCGUCAAAGAGACGUGGAAUGGGGGUUGCUAAGCGCUGACAGCGGUCGACAGGAAGCACUCGGCAAGAGAAACGCAGUAACACGCUACUCACCACAAGAAACUUAUUUUCUGUCCGAUUUUCUUAGGAUAUUCGGCAAUUUUUUCACGGUUCCUCGAAAUCGGGUUGUAAUAGAGAGGUGGUCGCAAUAAAUGGGGUCACAACAAAAAGGUUUUACUGUAUGAUGAUAUUGUACUACCAUAUUUUCUUUUUAAUCUUUGGACAGUUGUAAUAGUGGGUAUUGAAACUGACAAUGUAUGUGAUUUUUGUACGAGAUGGUUUUCGUCAAACAGCUGUAAUCUUCUGUACCUUUAGCCCUAUUCACACACAAGUUCACUAUCAUAAAUCUAAGUACCUAAAUUAUCUUUAUUUUAUAAUUCAUGAAACUGUUUCCCCCCCCCCCCCCUCCCUUUUCCACUGAAUGAUCACGAAAAUAAGCAUGUGUACAUUUAUUUUUCCUUUUCUGUAUUUCUUUCUUUAGUCAUAUUGCUGAGAAGUGAGGUGGGUGGCACGGUACUACACGCCUGGUUAGGCCGUCAAUUCUGGUUUGAUGGUGGUACGGAGCCCUGGGUUUGAUUCCCAAGCAGGGCCAAACUCUGAUUUGUUGCGAGUGGAUGGUCACGAUGGACAUUGCAUUUAACUGAUAAGGUUUCUCUGGGCACUCGUCACUAAGAUAGACUAUUUUACAGUGUUUUUUUAAGUCAGUUUUGUUUUUAAAACAUAGGAAUUGGGUGUUAUAACAUGUGGAGGAUCCACAGAUGUGCCUACCUUAGUUCAGAUGGAGGGUGUAGUGUCCUAAUUACUUGCAGUGACCAUUUUUGUCCUUGUAAUUGUGUUGUGCUGACUUUCAAAGCCCUCAGGCUGUUAAUGGGCAUGUGACAAAUUAAACAAUGAAUGAAGUAAGUAUUUUAUGGGAUUUUGUUUAGUUCAAUUUUGGUUUUUAAAACAGAAGAUUUUGGUGUUACUGUUUUUUUAUUUUUAUAAAUCCUGUUUUUAAUACUUAUUCCGCCAAAAUAGUGUAGAGUUGACAUGCUUCAUUUUUAUGAUAAAAUAAUUUGUGAUAAGUUUCUAAAACACAUACAUACAUUCAGAAUGAUCGAAAUAUAACGUGAACAUUUUUGUAUAGUAAUAUGAGCUGCACUAACAAAUUAAUUUUUUCUAAUCUGUGCACUGUGGUAAAAAUUUCAAACAUUAAAAAAAAAAUUUGUGAUUGAAAUUUAGUUUCCGUUAAUUGCUGCUUAAUUUCAUAAUUUUACUUGUUGCUAUAUGGUUUAUUAACUUGCAUUUUGGUGACUUAUGGCAUGGGAUGUUGAGAUACUUUUCGGUGUUAUCACAACUCACCAUAUAAUCCUGUACCUACUCAUCACCCUUAAUUGUCUCUUAUCGACUUCGAUGUGAACGCGACGGCAAGCAGUAAUUAAUGGUGAGCUUUCCUGUGGUGAGACUCGCGCCCAGCUCGUGGUGAGGGUUCUCAAAUCCAGGUGCUUCAGACUGUGAGAACCCUCUGGAAACCAGCAUCCACUGUUGAGAGACGAGACCAACAAAUAUUUGUUAACUUUUGUGAUAGUAUUGUAAAUAUCUGGUGGAGGAAAAAAUACUUCUACAUGAAAAUUGAAGUAGAAUUAUCUGUUCACAUAAAAUGUUGACCUAAAAGUAUUUUGUGCUGAAUUCCUACAGGUCUAUUACUGUACUUCUCUUAGGGUUUGUUGAAUGGUGGUGAUUUGUGACUAGUGUAUGUAUUUUGUAAGCAACCAAGGUUUCAUUGGGUUAGUUAUGUGUUAAAUCCUUGCACACUUGCAUUUGUUGUAUAUUUAAUAAAAACUGGCUAUAUUUUUUUGCUAUCACCUCUUAUCUUCCAUAAAUUUGUUUGUUUGUUUGUGGAGCUAUUUCAGUAGUUUUGGCCAUCAUUUUUCAUGUUAUUGAUGGAGGUCUUGUUUAGCAUAGUUUUACUACUGGCCAAGUGACUAAAAUUAAGACCUUCUUGAAACACUUUACACAGGGUAACGGACCAUGUCAUGUUAAAGAAACAAUGUGGAGUCAGGGAGUGUGUAAAUUAAACAGUCUCACGCUUUCUUCACUAUUGGCCGCUUUAUUAUACAUGCAAUAAAAUUACAAUAAACAUUAUGCAGUUUUAAUAAUACUCUGGGGCCCAUGCUUAAAACUUAUUGUCUAUAUAUUCUUAGCAGUCAUUUUUAAGUAUGCUAUUCAAUGUACACGUUUAAAUAUAAUUUUCACUUUGACUCAAAGUUUUAUUUGUUUCAUACGUCUAACUUGACUAAAGUUUUGGAUAGUUAGUCACCAUAUUUUGUGAAGCGCAUAUUAAAAUUAUAGUUUAAGUUAAUCCAUAGCUGCCUUUCCAUUUGAUGGCACAGUUUACUUCCCCUGCGAGCUCACAACACACUUGGUGUCACCUAAAUGACAAACCAAGCCCACUUACAGGUGUAAUCAUUUCUAUUGAUAGAUUUAUGUGACAAAUUUUACGAAGGCACCACUAACACCUAUUGAAAGGUCCACCGUAAUUGUAUCUGAAACGCAACGUCCUUGCUGAAGGGGUGCAGGCUGGACACAGCAUGUGGGCUUGGCAUGAGGGGAGACUCAAUCCUUAUAAUCAUAUCAAUAUUUAACAACUCCAACCCUUGCUGUUCCAAGAAGAAGUGACACUGCAUCUCACAGCAUUGACGGCGAGACGAUGAAACCGUAUCCCAUUGGCACCUAAGAUGAAAUCCACUUCAAACCACUAAGUCAGGCCACACCUGCUUGCUGUACAAUGCACUCCAAAGGGCGUGUUUGUUGCACUCACUACUCUCGUUGCUCUACACAACCGUCCAGUACAAAGCUCGCCACGCCUCGCCUCCUGUCCACCUGCCAUGUGGCUCGUUCCUGCUGUGUGUGACACACACCACUUCCCCUUAGUGCGGAGACUUGUCUGCUGCCGUCGAUUCCAAACAUGCUGAUUACACAAGUACCAUCGAGGCAAAAGACUCACCUCCAGCUUGUAGAGUUUUAAUCAAUAAAUAAUUGUAAGUUAAGGAACAGAUAAUAAAACAAAAACACUCUGUUAGUUCUAACCGAGAGCAACCAUAUUAGAGAAGCCAGGGCAUAGAGGCCUCAGAAGGAAUGCUUCAUCAUGUUUCACCAAACAAGUCUUUGUUCAAAAUGACUUUCAAUUAAAAAAGGAAAUAUUUAUAAACAUUCCUCCCCCCUAGUCUCUGGUAUAUAUUUUCAUUUCGCAAAUAUAAAUAGCUUGUUCGUUUUAGCAGCAGAGUAGUUGAUUUUGGCUUACUACUUACAAAAAAAGGUGGCAGUAGAAGCAUUACUGCCUAUAUUGUUCAAAGAAAUUUAAUCCAUGGCAGCUUUGUUACAUAAAGAAAUUUUUUUUCCAUGAUGAUUUUUAGAUUAUUGAAUGCUCCUUGUUGUAUCUGUGGUAUCUGUUAAAAGUAUUUUGUGAGAAUAAUGUAUGAAAUGAUAACCUGUCAAUUAAUCAAAAUUUAAUAUGUUUAAACACGUGUGUAAUAGUUUGGCUGCUGUACACCAAAUAGAUUUCACUCGCAGAAAGUGGAUGAACUAUUUUUAGUUCAUUCAUCCACAUUGUGUGUAUUGUGGGAUGGAAUACUGUAUUGGUUAUGCAUUAUAAACUGUGAAGAUGAGAAAAAGACACUAUUUUUAUCCAUGUCUGUAAUCCUGCAAUGUUGACAUAUGUCUGUAUUGUUGAAUAUUUUUCAGAAUAUAAACAUAAUAUGUAGGUAGUUGUAUGAUUUUUUAAGAAUGGAACAUGAACAAUUGCGGAAUUGGAAAUGUGGUACCCAUUGCUAUGGAAGGCAAAUGUUAUGUGAUAUGUAAGUAAAUACAGUAUGUUUGUGCAGUCUUAGGGAAUUGG